AUGUCAAGACCAGAGGAGCUUGCUCCACCAGAAAUAUUCUAUAAUGAUUCAGAAUCAUUCAAGUACACAUCAUCUACACGUGUGCAGCACAUACAAGCCAAGAUGACGCUACGUGCAUUGGAACUUCUCAAUUUGGAAAAAGAAGCGCCACAACUCAUACUUGAUCUAGGCUGUGGGUCAGGUUUAUCAGGAGAAAUAUUAACUGAAGAAGGCUAUGACUGGGUAGGCAUGGAUAUAUCGCCCAGCAUGUUGGCAACAGCUCUCGAUCGAGAUGUUGAAGGGGACUUGUUUUUAGCUGAUUUAGGUAAUGGAGUGCCGUUCCGGGCUGGUACUUUUGAUGCAGCCAUCUCCAUAUCGGCAAUCCAAUGGCUAUGUAAUGCCGACUCGUCCAACGUUGACCCCAAAAAGAGGCUAUUGUUUUUCUUCAACACAUUGUAUGCAUCAUUGAAACGAGGAGGUAAGUUUGUAGCCCAGUUUUAUCCCAUGAACGAUUCACAAACGGAAAGUAUAAUGAGCGCAGCAAAACUAGCUGGUUUUGGUGGUGGGUUGAUUAUAGAUGAUCCAGAACUGAAACGUCACAAGAAGUAUUACUUGGUUUUAACUGCAGGAUUGGCUGAACGAAAUAUCAAUUUGACAGGAGCAGAAAUGGAAGCACCACUGGAAAAUAGUCUGAAGUUAAAUAGGAAGAAGAGGAAGUUGAUGGAGACGAGGAAAGAGUAUAUCAAUAGAAAGAAGGAGACAAUGAGGAAAAGAGGUCGUAUGGUCGCUGAAGAUUCCAAGUUCACUGGUCCAUUACCUACCGUUUACGAACCACUCCCACCAAAGAGACAAGGCGAGAACGUAAUGACAUACAUCCACAAACAACUACUUGCAAAACACGACCCCACAGGCAAGAGACGUGACUUGCUCAACUACGAAACUGGAUUACGAGCAGGCGAUAUUAUCAAAGUGACCUAUUUGGACCGCUCCGACGUCACUGGAAGAAUAAUUGCCAUCAAGAGAGGUCAACGCAACUUGGGCUCCAAUAUCUUGCUCAGAACAAAGUUGAAUCGUGUCGGAUCAGAAGUUCGAAUCCCCGUUUAUAAUCCAAACAUUAGAAAUAUUGAAGUGCUUUAUAAGCCAAAGACUUAUAUGCCUAGAGCUGCCCAUUAUUAUAUCAGGGAAUCGAGAAGGGAUGUGGACGAUGUUGAAGCUUUUGUAAGGCGUCAAAAUGGAGAAAAGAAGAAACGUUGA